GGCCAGCAGAGGGCAGCAGCAGCUCCAAUAACACACAGCGCUGCGGAGAAGAAACCAGCAUGUACACAAGGGCAUGCACUUGGUAAUAAAUUUUAUGUAAUUACUGUAUUUGUAUUAAGUAAUCUGUCCGUCUCUCUUAUAAGCUAUGAUUUAAGUAGCUCGUGUUCUGGGCUGCUGCAGUGCGUUAUUGUGAAUCAUAUCAGUUUCAUACAAAGUUCACUGGCAGAAAAGUAGCCUAAUGGCAAAUCCAGCACAUAUAUCAGCGGUUCGGACUUUGUAUAAGAAAAUCCUGGUGCUUCACCGAUUUCUGCCCAUUGACCUGCGGGCUCUGGGCGACCAGUAUGUGAAGGAUGAGUUCAGGAGACACAAGACUUCUUCAGAUGAAGAGGCCAAACACUUCAUGGUGGAAUGGCAGAACUACAAAGACACCUUACAGACGCAGGUGCUGGAAGCAAUGGGAAACAAGAAGCUGGUGUUUGGAGCUGAUUUAUCGCAAGACAAACUCAAACACUUUCAAGAUGAGCAGAUUGGGCAGCUUUAUGAGCUUAUGCUCGAGUCUACAAAACCCAACCGACAGUUUGAUAUUCAAGAGGAGGGAACGCCAAAGUAAGGGAAAAGAAAGGUGCUUUAUCUCCUCUUCAAGGGGAAUGGGGAGUCAUCCCAUUGGGACAUAUUUUGAUUUAUUUAAGUACUUUCGAUCAUAGCUAAGACUGAAGGUUACAAUAAAGUCCAUGUGAAAUCAAAAUGUACUGUGUUUACUUUGAUAGACUUUAGGUGAAGAAUUGGUCUGUGACCAUUAAUUAACCAAACAAAGUUAAUUCACACACACACAUAAAAAGUUUGUUUUGGUAAUUUUCAAUCAAAGAUGAACCCUUUGCUUCUACAUUGGGAGUUGUGGUCCUUCUCUGGUGAUGUCAGAUUGAUGACUUCAGCCACAAUUUUCCUAAAAACUCCCAUCUUAAUGUUAAUUUGCUACAAGAGUGUAAUGUGCAAAGAGAAAGCCCUGCCCCUUACUUAAUAUUCAAAUAAAUAAAUUAAUAGUUUUAGUCGAAAGAACAUCAACAUACUGAAAUAAAAGUCUUAGCAACUUACGGCUCGCUCAGACUUUAAAAUGCAACAAAGAG